AUGGCUUUUCUGAUCAAAAGCAUGGUGGGGAACCCUCUGAAAGGAAUGGGCCUCGGCGGAGGAGAAGAUAAAUCUGAGGCGGAAACUCAGAAAGACCCGGCUGCGGCGGCUGGCAUGUCCAGAGAGGAAUAUGAGGAGUACCAGAAACAACUGGUGGAGGAGAAAAUGGAGAGAGACGCGGACUUCCUGCAUAAGAAGGCCGAGAGGGCGACUCUGAGGGUCUGCCUUCGAGAGAAAUACAGACUUCCAAAGAGCGAGCAGGACGAGAACAUGCUCCAGAUGGCCGGGGACGACGUGGACGUUCCCGAGGAGCUGCUGAAGAUGGUGGACGAGGAUGCGACGGAAGAGGAGGAGAAGGAUUCCAUCCUGGGCCAGAUGCAGAACCUGCAGAACAUGGACAUGGACCAGAUCAAGGAGAAAGCCUCGGCUGCGAUUACCGAGAUGAAGAGCAAGGCGGAGGAGAAAUGUUCCGUCAUGUAA